AUGGCGGCGCGGGGAUACCAGAAUAGCGAUCUGCGACGGCAGGUUGGGUCUCCCAAGCCUAAGGGGCGAGAUCACAAGGAUACCCUCUGUCGCAACAUCCUCAUCUAUGGUCACUGCAGAUACGAGAACUCAGGCUGCACUUUCAAUCAUGACCAAAACAAGAACUCUACUACGACGAAUGCCAACAAUAGCACUAACACGAACGCUGUCGCGAAUAACAACGCCGCCACCGAAGCGAACAUGUCGGCUACGGACAGCCAGGCGCUGAGCAUUGGUAUCUCGACGGGCAAUGCUAUCAUGAGCCUGACAUUGUGCCCGCUGGGUGGUGCCUCGACCAACGCUCCCCUACAGCACAAUGGCGAGCAAAGCGUCUUCACCCCUAAUCCCGCCGCCAUACCAGAGUUCACUCCUCAAAAUUAUGGACUAAGCAAUAACGCUACAACAUCUGCCAGCGCGCAGGAGGCAAACCUCACCUAUGACGCCUUUUCCAUGGGCGCGGUUGGUCAAGCCAUGCCCACGACCGCCUUCAACCCCUACGCCGAAGACCACAAUGCGGCAGCGGCUGCCGCUGCCGCUGCCGCUCUCGGGGCAGCCAACUCAGCAUACUUUCCCCAAAAUGCGUUCACAACUCACACCCAACCCCUGCUCCAUCACCUUUAUUUCCCUGCCGGCCCUCACAAGGAAGAUUUGCUUCCUUACCAGAGAACAUCGCAUGACUUUUUCAUGUCGGAGAAGUUGAGGCAGGACCUCCAAAAGAAGGCGGAAGCGGCCCGCCAAGUUAUUAAUACCGGCCUUCCGCAGCUCGACAACUUCCACAGCCUCGUCGCUCUGGACACCUCGAACAGGAAGAACGCCAGCCCAUUUGGGUACCCUAGCUGGGUGUACAAGGCGGUAGAUGGCAAGACGGGGCAUAUCCGGUGCCUCAGGAGACUUGAAGGUUUCCGACUAUCCAACGAGCACGCUAUCCGAACGGUAAAGGAGUGGCGACGGGUAGACUGCGGGAGCAUCGUGUCCGUGUUUGACGCCUUCACGACCCGUGCCUUUGGUGAUAGCUCCAUCGUCUUUACCAUGAUCGCCGAAGCUGUCUUGUGGGGCUACAUUACCCAGAUUGCCACCGCACUCAAGGCCAUUCAUGCGGCUAACCUCGCAGCGCGGUGCGUCGACCUGGGCAAGAUCAUCUCGACUGAUAAGAACCGAAUCCGCCUCGACGCGUGCUCGAUUCUUGAUGUUGUGCAGUUCGAUGCAAGGCGGCCGGUGCUGGAGCUGCAGCAGGAGGAUCUCCUCCAGUUUGGGCGGGCAAUCCUCUCUCUAGCGUCGCUAACGCCGCCGACGCUGCUCACGAACCCCAACGCGGCUAUGGAGCAUCUCAGUCGGCACUACUCGGUGGAGAUGCGGGAUACGGUGCUGUGGCUCUUAACGCCGCAGCAGCAACAGGUCAAGAACAUUGAUGAGUUUGUUCGGGGCAUCGCGACACACUUUGUCACCUCCCUAGACCAGUCACUGCAACAGGCAGAUACGCUACGAUCAGAGCUGGCGACAAGUCUAGAGAACGGACGGGCGGCACGGCUGCUCAUGAAGCUGGCGACUAUCAACGAGCGGCCCGAGUUCAACGGGGACCCAGAGUGGGCCGAGAAUGGAGAGCGUUACACGCUCAAGCUGUUCCGCGAUUAUGUCUUCCACCAGGUGGACGCCAAUGGCCAGCCGGUCGUAGAUGUGGGUCACAUGAUGACGUGCCUCAACAAGCUCGACGCCGGGGUAGACGAGCGUGUUUGCCUGACCAGCCGGGACGAGCAGACUGUCUUCAUCGUCACCUACAAAAGCCUGCGCGAUCAGGUACGCGCCGUCUUCACCGAGCUCACCAGGGCGUCCAAGUCGGGCCGCGGGGGCUUGUAG